CUUACUAUAUCAUGGAGUCGACAAAGAGACAAUCAUUCUUAACAAAGUUCAAAGCAUAUUAUCCUAAAGCAUUUGUUAAUCAAUAAAUUAGAAUGCAAUGUAAUCCAAAUCAUUAUUAUCUUACUCUGAUACAUUUACAAAGUAAUAACUAACUAACAUAAUAAUCUUGUUAACAAUCGAAACAAUGAAAGAGUGAAGGGAGAGUUGCGAAAAAAGAAUUAAGUUUUGAUUUGGGUACCCACCUAAUUACAUUUGUACUAAAUAUUUUCUUGAGUUACCCUAACUAUUAUAGAUAGGCUACAAUUUAAUCAAUGUAUUUUUUAUAUGUGAAGAAAUUAUCUUAGUGGGGCGGGUAUGGGUAUGGGCGUGGGGCGGGGCAGGGGAGGCUAAAACCAUACCCGCCCCAUACCCAUCAAACGUUUUUGCGAGUUUUCACCAUACCCGAUCAAAGCGGGGAUUCCCUUCAUUGACUAGAUCGUAGGCGGGCGGAUACCCGCGAUUAUGGGUUUGAUUGCCAUUCCUAGCCGCAACAAAGAUGUACGGUGGUUGUGUGGGUCAUUAGUAUGUCCGCAUCAGAUAGCCCAGCCCAGGAAUCAAGAUGGGCCGGGCCGGGCCGGUGCUGCGGGAUGUAAGAAGUCCGUAGGAAGGAAAGAAAGGGUCUCCUUCGUUUCGUCUUGUUUUCCUCUGGAGCUGGGAUACGCCCUACAGAGUCUCUCUGUGAUUAGUUGCCACCGGCGGCGGAGACGGGCAGCGACCGUGCGCGUUACUGAGAUGACGUCGUAGCCAUCGUCCGUUUCGCAAUACAAGAACCUAGAAAGUUCCCGGCGCUGAACUGAAACAUGGAGCAGUCCCCUCCUCCUACUUCUCAGCAAACUCAAUCCGCAGAUGCAGCGGCGUCCUCGUCCGACGAGGAGAUAGACUACAGCGUGAAGCCGGAGUUCUACGACCCGAAGCUCGACGAGAGGGAUGAAGCUUGGGUCGGGAAACAGAGACGAGGCAACCGCCGUUCCGACGCCGUUCUGAGCUGCCCUGCCUGUUUCACCACCGUCUCCCUCCAAUCCCAGAGGCACGAAAGGUACGUGACACAGUAUAGAGCCGUAGCUGUUAUGAACUGCAAUGUCGAGAGUCGAGGCGAUCAGAUGGCAGUGGAUGGAACAGAAGAAGGAGGAGGAAGCGGUAGAAGAAGCAGCGAAGGAAGCAAUUCAAGUUCAGUGGACCGAGUUCGGUGCUCGGUUUGUGAUACACAGGUUGGGGUGAGGGACGAGGAGGAGGUGUACCACUUCUUCAACGUCAUCCCAAGUGAAACUUAGGGAAGACGACGACUACUCUUGGCCAAUUCGUUUGAACGAGAAAACAUCAUUCUGAACAAGUUUGUUAAGAUUUCCCUCUUUUCUUUCAUUUGGCUUUGAGUUGUCCUCCAUGACUUUACUUGGCUCUGGAGGAAUGUUGAUUCCCGCUGAUGAAAUUACUGGUAUUGCUAAUCCGGAAACCAGAAACUGCUUCUGUGGUCAUUUUAGAAAUGUGUUUUGAUCUUGAUUUUGCAUCUGAUUAGAUUAUUUACGCAGACGUAUGUGUAAAAGAAAUACGCAGGACGUGA